AGUUUUAUGUUUUUUCUCGGUUACAGUGUUAUGUUGCCUAGUGACAGGAGUCCUGACUCCUUUUCCUGCUACUGUGGCAGUAUAGCAACAAUCUACAAGGAGUGACAAUAGCUUCAAAACAACUGCUGUUUACGUGACAUUUCUACCACAAGUGACUGAAAGAAUCACUUCACACACCUGACAAAUUCAAACUUAGUGGGAAGGUGGAGUUUUACUUUUGCUGUGUACACACCUCAACCAGGUAGUUUGGGGGGUUUGGUUAUUUUCAGGCCACUUUCAGUUCACAGCAGAUGAAGGGGAAUCUCGGCUCCCUCCAUGGUAAAUGUUGGUCUUAGAAAUGGGUUGUGGGAACAGUAAGGUGCUGCCUGAGGCAUCUAAGAAAAGCUAUGUAAGUGUGGUGCAGUCACUAGUAGCUUUCAGUAAAGGACAUGAGGAUGAUGAUGAGCCAAAAAAACAAAAGAAGAAGCAAAAAAGUCCAUGGUUUUCUACCAGUGUUGAUAAUCCUCACCUAGGAUCAAGCAGCAAACAGCAAAUCAAACAAAGACAAGAAUGGAACAAGGUUCCCAGGUAUAAGGACAAGUUUGAGCCACGCGUCACAGCACGGUAUGACAUCAAAGCCCUGAUUGGUCGUGGAAGCUUCAGUCGUGUUGUGCGUGUGGAGCACAGGGCAACUCACCAGCCCUUUGCCAUAAAAAUGAUGGAGGUAGAGGCCCCAGAGGGUCGUGAGGUGUGUGAUUCUGAACUGGCAGUGCUGCAGCGGGUGAGCCAUGCUAAUGUCAUUCAGCUGGUUGAGGUGUUCCAGUUUCCACAGCGUGUUUACAUGGUAUUGGAACUGGCGACAGGAGGGGAACUUUUGGACCGUGUUGUCAGCAGGGGCCACUUCACUGAGCGAGAUGCUACCCAGGCCAUCCAGAUGAUACUGGCUGCGUUGGCAUACCUGCACAACCUGGGAAUCACCCAUAGAGACUUGAAGCCUGAGAAUCUUCUGUACUACCACCCCGGAGCAGACUCCAGAUUGUUGGUGACCGACUUUGGAUUGUCUGCUUUUGCCAGCACACUCACAGGGUGUGAGGUUUCUGAACGCAGCAAUGAGGAAACUGGAGAGUCAUGGUCUUUGAGGACCACUUGUGGAACACCUGAGUACAUGGCUCCUGAAGUUUUGCUGAGGAGACCUUAUUCCUGUGCAGUGGACAUGUGGGCUUUGGGGGUAAUUGCCUACAUUUUGCUGAGUGGAACCGUGCCGUUUGAGGAUGACAGCCGCUCACGGCUCUACAGAUCCAUUGUGAGAGGAAAAUAUAGCUUCCGUGGAAACCCUUGGCCUUCAGUGUCCAACUUGGCUAAGGACUUCAUUCUGCGCCUGCUAGUGUUGGACCCGGCCACCCGCCUCACUGCCGAACAAGCCGUCCGCCACCCCUGGGUGGUCACCAUGGCAUCCAGCUCCUCCAUGAUGAACCUCCAUAGAUCUAUUUCACAGAAUCUCAGGCAGCGGGCAUCACGCAGCUCCUCCCGGUGCCCCAGCAGCACCACCACAAGCUCCACUGAUGCCAGCAGUCUGGGAAGGCUAAUGCCACCAGAGACAAAGCCGAAGCAGCAGCAGCAGGGAAGAGCAGCUGGACUGAUUCAGCCUCAGAGAGCCAUACAACCUCGAGCCAGAGGGCACAAGGAGCAUCAGCAUCAUCCAACUAAAGCAUUAGAUUCACGAGAAGGCUAAUGAAAGGAUGGAACCAGCUGCCCCAGCUCUGCUCACGAACCACAGGGAGCCUAAGUGCCUGGGACAGGUGUUGUGACAAGAAAGUUUGCUGGAUUGAAGUCAGGUUUUUCUACCAGAGUAAUAACCCAGGUUCCCCUAAAGGCUCAUUUCCAUCUUCCAUUAGUUUCUUGUGGGUGAAUAUGCUUUAAUUCUGAGGUUCUGUCCAAUACAGAGACAGAGCUGUCCACCUCCACAAAAUCUCCAGCCACUGGUUAUUCACACAGCUCAGACUAAUGGAUUCAAGGUCUCAUUUAGAUCAUUAUGAGUCACGACAUCACCUGCCUGUGAAGAGGUUCAUUCUAAAAACCUAAAAAUUUAUCAUUUGAGCAAUGGGAGAUAAUCAUAGCCAGGAUGAUAAAAUAUUGCUGUUUCCUCUUUGAUCUAUUUUUUUUAAAUUAUUUAAACUCCCCCAUCACCACACAGCAUAUUUUGAGGAAAAAGAAGGAAGUAUGACAGCGCUCUUGUCUUUCCCUUUGUUUUCAUUCCUCCUACAUAGGAGCACCCACAGUCCUGUGGAAACACUGAAAGCACAACCCAUAUAUAUACAGUGGCAGGCCUCUAUCACGUUAAAACGAAGCCCUGGGAUAAAGAGCUGCAUCUUCUCCUGCAUACUUUGUGUGAGCUGUAAACAACAGCAAAGAGCCUUCUUAAGAAUAUGUGUUAUUUUCCAGUGAGAAGUUUUAAAUUGAAAUUCAAAUAUGUUACAGGAGGGGAAAGGCGUGGAAAGGCUGUAUUAAAAUGCAAGUGUGAUGCCAAAUAUAA